AUGGUGUUUUGUCUAAGUGUGAUGCGGCGAUGCAAAGCUGGUCUUGGGCCAUGGAAAGCAUGGAUUUCUAACGUUAUUUUCGCAGCAGAUACAAGUGCAUUAGUGAAAGCUAUGAGUAAACCUCAUGAAUGGCCUGCCUUUGAAAUGAAAAUAGAUAAAUGCGUCGAGGAGCUUCACAUCAAGACUGGACAGUCAUGUAAGAGGAUCCAAAGGCUAAUGUUGGAGCCUCCGAGAUUGCGAGAAGUGUGGUACGAGAUAACCGAAUCCAAUCUUAUGUUGCGCAAGGGUACCCAAGAUGGUUGGAAGAGAUCUUUGUACGAGAGCAACGUCAUGUGUGAGAGAAACAUGGUUCCUACACGAAGAAGAGAUCCCAACGAUGUGAUGCUCUGUUUUGUUUUUUUGUUCUGCUUUCUUGGUUUCAUUUUUGGUUAUUUCCUUUUGAGUUAA